CAGCAACGGACCUAACACAGCCUCUGCUGAAAUAUCCAAUGGCUGAUUUGACAGAGAAUAUGAAGACCCCAGCCACUGUCGACUUUUACACCAAGUGCGUCAUCGGAGAAGGACCGUGCAACGCAGUUGGUACAGCCCUCAGAUCACUUCUAUGGGACCCCGUGCCUGGACAACCAAUCUGCUACGGUUGCAACGAAAGCCAGAUGCAACGUGUACGAUACGUGAUAGACACCAUGAAGGCCCAGUACCCACUCCAAGCUUGCAAGAUCAGAGCCAAACUGGGAGAGAUCAGGCCCAUCUUCAGUGACGUAAAGUGCUGAAGGCCGAGACCCGCCUGUGCAAGAACAUCACACCUGUUCUAAUUUUUGUGAGAUGAUUGAAUUCAUUUUUCUUGCUUCUUUAUUUCUAUCCUAGUAAACUCCUUCAAAGUCCCCCGAGCCUUUCUCUCUUGACUACAUUUUAAAAG